AUGAAGGAUGGUAUCGAUAAGCUCAACGAGUACCUGCGCAACGAGACUGAGCACAACUCGGGCAAGCCAGCGCACAACGAUGGGUUAAGUACAGCGGGAAGACUUUCGCCACUCCACUCCACGGUCUCUGAUUAUCAUGGUUUGCGCGCAGCGCCGCAGCUCAGGAGAAAGGUUGGGAGCGUAACUAAUUACUCAUGGCACUCUUUGACGCAGCUGGAUGGCGAUCAGGGGCUACGGCAAAUGCGCGCUGCAUCGAAUGGGAGUCGAACAGUCAGAGCGAAUGACAUGCUUGGGUUCCCGGACGGUGCUGAAGAAAAUGUAGCUGAUACAUGUCCGGGUCAUCUCAUUGCAUCGCCGCCAACAAGGCGGCAGAUCUCGGGCGACAGUGCCCACCGGGAUAUUGGGGUGUUUGGCAGCACCAGCACUGAUGAGAUCGUUAUUCUGGCCGCUCAAUCGCCGCCAAUAAACUUUUGUCAUAGUCCGGCAUACAUGCGCAACUCUAGCAGAAUGCACGGUUCUACAACAGAGAACACGGAUGCAAACACGAUUACCGACCUGUACAUUGACGACUCUGGUGCGGAAAGCAUGCAUGAUUCGGCCCAUGGAGGAAGGAACCGUAGACGGUGCAGUAACACCGGCAGUAAUUGCGAUAGUACAAGCAAACUUUGUAUAGCGAGUGGUUUGGCGAUAUUGCCGUUGGCCACAGGAAAUUCCCUAUCAGAUGCAGACAUAUUGGAUGCUGCGUCAGUUCCACUCCCCAAAACACCCAGCACCUUUUACAGCGGCAGCAGCGGCGACAAUAGAAGCAGGAGCAGUAGCAUCAACGACUCCACUUCAAGCUCUGAAAACGGAAAGUGUUGCAGGAGGAUAGGCAUGCAGCAUGAACUGCCUCAGCGGCUCAUCUGCUGUUUGCAGGACGAGUUUUCGAGCAGUGUGCAGAACCAGGAGCUCAGAACAACAAACCUGCUGCAAGAAGCCGAAGACCGGUUUAAACAUUUAUUGGCCGACCAGGAUAUGCAUUUUUCUCAGAAAUUAGCCGAGCAGCAGCAGAUGCACUCUCGGGAUCUUAGCCAGCGCGAGCAAGCCUUGCAGCAGCCAAUAGAACUUCUUCGUCGCGAGUUGGCUAGCGUCAGCGCCGAGCGUGAUGAGCUGCAUGCCAUGCUUGAUGACUAUGUUAUGACAUCAAGCAAGCUGAUUGAGCACAAGGACGCUGAAAACAGCGGCCUCAGCCAUGAAUUGGGGAAAAUGGCGGUGGAGCGUCAGCGGUUGCAUAAAAAGAUUCAAGAGUACGAUGCACAUGUCCGGGCAUUGUCAAACGAGCGUUCAGAGGCACAGGAGCGCGUUGACGCAUUGGCCGCUGAAAACCUGAAGCUGGAGAAUCAAAACAGCAAUCUUGGCAGCGAUGUAAUGGUCGCUGAGGAGCGCAAUGCAAGGAUCAGGGAGCUGGCAGAGGCAACACUGGCCCAGGCUAACGCCGAAAUUUCCCGACUACAGCAGGAGUCCGAGCGCGCAUACUUAGAAGUAGCAGCGCUGCGUUCAAGUGCAGCCAAGACCGACACUAGAGCCAGGUCGCUUCAGAUUCAGCUCGACUCUACAAAGCGGCAAAACGAGGAGCUAUUGUCACUGUGUGAGCGCUUGGAAACAUCAAUCUAA